AUGGAGUGGCUUUGGAUCGCUGUGGCAACUUGUAUGCUCGCAUCCCCCUCUGUCAAAGGCAACGACUGGUGGUGGGAGUAUGAAGAGGGGAUACGACACUACAGCCAGGAGGCCCUCAAUAAGGAGUUUCCAGAGAAAACUCGACCAGUGAGCUUCAGACAUCCUUCGUUUCAUUGCCCCGACAUGAGUCCUUCUCCCUCUGUCCCCUCUUCAGUUGAGUAUGUGAAGGCUGCAGAUAUCAAAGUCAUCGCAGCCUUGGGGGAUUCUCUGACGACAGCCAUAGGUGCCAACGCCACUAAUGUGCUCGGGAUUCCUAUUGAGUUUCGUCAUGUGUCAUGGAGCAUUGGAGGCUACGGCUCAUUUCAAGAAGCCAUUACUUUGGCAAACAUCAUCAAGCUGUUCAAUCCCAACUUGCUUGGUGCCGCUCCUGGAAAGACGGUCCACGGGAUGCAGGCUCCUGUCACGGAAACCGGCUUCAACCUGGCUGUGACUGGUCACAACACAUUCAACCUUCCUGGCCAGACGAGACAUUUGAUUGACACACUGAGAAGUUAUGAGGGUGUAAACUUUGAAGAGGACUGGAAGCUUUUGACCAUUCUCAUGGGCAUGAACGAUAUCUGUGAUUACUGCAAAGAUAAGUCUCUAUUCUCAGUGGAUAACUUCAUUCACUAUAUGACAGUGUCCUUGGAAAUGCUUAUGAAUGAGGUUCCUCGUAUGAUCGUGAAUGUUGUUCAGAUUCUGCCCAUGCAGACUCUGAGGGAGGUGCAGAAACCUACCCCUGGGUGUCUACUCCAAAGGUCUUUCUGCUCAUGCUUGAUUGAGCCAGUUGCCAGGUCUCCUGAACUGCGGGAACUGGUAGAAGUCAAUCUUGAAUUCCAGAAAAGGCUUGAGGGGCUGCUGAACAGUGAUCGCUUCUUCAGAGACGACUUUGCAGUCAUUCUUCAGCCCUUUCUGAAACACGCUGACCCUCCCCGUCUUCCGAGUGGGAAGAUCGAUAUGACCUUCUUCACUCACGACUGCUUCCACUUCACCAUAAAGGGGCACGAAGAGCUGGCCAAGGGGCUGUGGAACAACAUGUUUCAGCCUGAAGGAGGAAAGAUGAUUGUAAGCAGUUUCUCUGACCCCAUCAGUCUCAUCUGUCCUUCUAUGGAACACCCGUACAUCUUCACCAGACCGAUGGCAGCCAACUCUGGCCGGUCUCACCUUCGGUCACAGGCCGCCGUCUUCCUCCUGCUCUUGCUCCAUGUGGUUUUGGCAUGUCUUGGACUUGUGUAGCUUUCACUUUGCUGGACUUCUUACAAAAAUGUCACGGCUCCAUUUGAUAAAAUGAGGGGAUACGGUGGACCACAAGCAAAGGAGAAUUUAAAAGCCAGGGAGUUACUGCAGUUGUGGGAACUGAAACCUGACUUGUAAUAUAAUCAUUGAUCCUACAACUCCCAUACUUUGUUUUUAGAAGAGGCUGGAGGCGGGACUAGGGAUGACUAAAAGUCUUUGUUAGUGAGAAUUAUAAUUUUUUUUUAACAUGAAACAGUUUCUGCUUUUUGUAGAACAUUUUCUGUUUUUGCUUUAAAAUUUCUAUUUAUUAUUCCUGUAUAGCGCAAUAACCAAGCUGCUCUGCUGGGGCGAGUCCAGGCUUUAUAACUGGGUGGCCCAGCUGGGGUACUGGCUUUUACAAGGGUGACAUGAGUUGUGUUUGUGCGCUUAUACACAGAUAAUUUGCUUCUUUUUAUUUAAAGCAUUUUUGUCUCCACCGAUCAUAUUUACUGUAACUUCCAGCAUUAAAAUUUUAUACAGACAUUGUAUUUCUUUAUAUAUUUUAAUUUUUUUUAAAAGUAACUCAAUAAGUGAUAAUAUUUUAAUCUUCAAGGCCUUAUUCUUUUGGGAUACAAAAAACUUUUUGUCCAAAGUCUAAAUUUACAAGCAAAAACCCACACACAUCCUCAAUAUGCAGGAGUUUGCUUGUAAUUAUGACAGACUGCUUCCUCUCCCUCACACCUGUCUUAUGAAAGUGGUGUGUUACGCAUUUUUUUAUAAUGUAAAGUACCGACAAGAGAACAUGUGCUACUUUUAAAUCUGAAGGAAACUACAA